CGUCCGCAACAGCCCUGUGAAGCAGCCGACAUCAAACGGAGCUGUGCAUCAAGAGCUUUCUCUCCCUCUAAACCCCCCCGCACAUAUACCCAAACGUGUGUCUGCGAUUCCAGACAUCAUGUACAACCUUGCCCGCGCCCGGCCGCUGGCUCGCGCUGUUCGCGCUGCUGCUGAAACACCACUGAAGCGCUCCGUCAUCCAGCAAAGGAGAGGCCUCGCCAUCCACGAAUACAGGUCCGCGGCCCUGCUCGAGUCGUAUGGCAUUGGCGUGCCCAAGGGCGGCGUCGCUACCAACGGCGCUGAGGCUGAGAAGAUUGCCCAGGACAUUGGCGGAGAGGACGCCGUCAUCAAGGCCCAGGUUCUUGCCGGAGGCCGUGGAAAGGGAACCUUUGACAACGGCUUCAAGGGCGGUGUCAGGGUUGUCUACUCUCCUCGCGAAGCAGCCAUCCUUGCCGAGCAGAUGAUCGGCCACAAGCUCAUCACCAAGCAAACUGGAGCCGCCGGCCGGCUCUGCAGCUCCGUCUUCAUUGUCGACCGCAAGUUUGCUCGCCGUGAGUUCUACCUCGCCAUCCUCAUGGACCGCGCUUCCCAAGGCCCCGUCAUUGUCGCUUCGUCGCAAGGUGGAAUGGACAUUGAGACCGUCGCGAAGGAGCACCCCGAGGCCAUCAUCACCACCCCCAUUGACAUCCACAAGGGCGUCACCGACGAAAUGGCGCGCAGCAUUGCGACCGAGCUUGGUUUCUCGGAGCAGUGCAUCGAGGAUGCCAAGGACACCAUCCAGAAGCUGUACAAGGUUUUCAUGGAGAAGGACGCUACCCAGAUCGAGAUCAACCCCCUCUCCGAGACUACCGACCACCAGGUCCUCGCUAUGGACGCCAAGCUCAACUUUGAUGACAACGCCGACUUCCGUCAGAAGGAGGUCUUUGACUGGAGAGACAUUACACAGGAAGACCCCGACGAGGUCAAGGCCGCCAAGGUUGGUCUCAACUUCAUCAAGCUCGAUGGCGACAUUGGCUGCCUCGUCAACGGUGCCGGUCUGGCCAUGGCUACCAUGGACAUUAUCAAGCUCAACGGCGGUGCGCCCGCUAACUUCUUGGACGUCGGUGGCGGUGCUACCCCCGAGGCCAUCAGGCAAGCUUUCGAACUCAUCACCAGCGAUCCCAAGGUCACUGCCAUUUUCGUCAACAUCUUUGGUGGUAUCGUCCGUUGUGACGCCAUUGCCAAGGGUCUCAUCCAGGUUGUCCAGGAAAUGAACCUCAAGACUCCCGUUAUUGCUAGGUUGCAGGGUACCAACAUGGAGGCCGCGCAGAAGCUUAUCAACGACUCUGGUCUUAAGAUUUUCUCCAUCGAUGAUCUCCAGGGUGCUGCUGAGAAGUCGGUCCAGUUCUCAAAGGUUGUCAAGAUGGCACGUGAUAUCGACGUUGGUGUUGAGUUUACUCUGGGUAUCUAAAUGUUUAUCUACAAGAGAAGACGCGUGUGGCCUUUGAGGCUUGUGCACAGCGCGGAAGAAUAUAUUAGUUGCGCUGCAUGCGUAUGCUUGUGAGGAAUCUUGUGCUUGUAUGGUGGAUUGUUUGACUUUUGUGAAGCUUUUGUGAUUCUUGUAACCCUGAAUCUUUUGCAUUGUUGGUACAGAGCGGAAUAGCUAUACCUCGAUUCGAUAGGAUUGAAAUAUACCCGAC